AAUCCAUAGGGUUUAAUAUGAUGUCGGCCCACCCUUUGCAGCUAUAACAGCUUCAACUCUUCUGGGAAGGCUUUCCACAAGGUUUAGGAGUGUGUUUAUGGGAAUUUUUGACCAUUCUUCCAGAAGCGCAUUUGUGAGGUCAGACACUGAUGUUGGACGAGAAGGCCUGGCUCGCAGUCUUCGCUCUAAUUCAUCCCAAAGGUGCUCUAUCAGGUUGAGGUCAGGACUCUGUGCAGGCCAGUCAAGUUCUUCCACACCAAACUCACUCAUCCAUGUCUUUAUGGACCUUGCUUUGUGCACUAGUGCGCAGUCAUGUUGGAACAGGAAGGGGCAAUCCCCAAACUGUUCCCACAAAGUUGGGAGCAUGGAAUUGUCCAAAAUCUCUUGGUAUGCUGAAGCAUUCAGAGUUCCUUUCACUGGAACUAAGGGGCCAAGCCCAGCUCCUGAAAAACAACCCCACACCAUAAUCUCCCCUCCACCAAACUUCGCAGUUGGCACAAUGCAGUCAGACAAGUACCGUUCUCCUGGCAACCGCCAAACCCAGACUCGUCCAUCAGAUUGCCAGAUGGAGAAGCGUGAUUCGUCACUCCAGAGAACGUGUCCCCACUGCUCUAGAGUCCAGUGGCAGCAUGCUUUACACCACUGCAUCCGACGCUUUGCAUUGCACUUGGUGAUGUAUGGCUUGGAUGCAGCUGCUCGGCCAUGGAAACCCAUUCCAUGAAGCUCUCUACGCACUGUUCUUGAGCUAAUCUGAAGGCCACAUGAACUUUGGAGGUCUGUAGCGAUUGACUCUGCAGAAAGUUGGCGACAUCUGCGCACUAUGCGCCUCAGCAUCCGCUGACCCCGCUCUGUCAUUUUACGUGGACUACCACUUCGUGGCUGAGUUGCUGUCAUUCCCAAUCGCUUCCACUUUGUUAUAAUACCACUGACAGUUGACUGUGGAAUAUUUAGUAGCGGGGAAAUUUCACAACUGGACUUGUUGCACAGGUGGCAUCCUAUCACAGUACCACGCUGGAAUUCACUGAGCUACUGAGAGCGGCCCAUUCUUUCACAAAUGUUUGUAGAAGCAGUCUGCAUGCCUAGGUGCUUCAUUUUAUACACCUGUGGCCAUGGAAGUGAUUGGAACACCUGAAUUC